UGCUCUUGUGCCUGGUGUUCUCCUGAAAAAGCUGCUGUAAACUCAUUCUGCGAGUUUGCUAUUCAUAAAACUGUUGAAGAAAAAUGAAGGCUCCUGUCAGAGCAACACGCAGGAUUCUUCCACAUUCAAAGAAGAGGAAUCAAGUUCACUCCGCUCUCAUCUACAGAGCUCACAAAGAGGUCAGUCCAGCUGGGAUGAAGAGUCCAGACUUCCUGGCCAGUCGGCAAAGUUUUCCAAGACCGGUCCUGCUCAGGCUGGUGAGCUCAGAGGCUUCCCGGCUGUCAAAAGCCAACAGACUGAAAGUGAUCACUCUGCGGGAGAUCAGUGCUGCUCUUGCACUCGUACAACGGAGGAUUCGUACAAGAGCUGCUGCAUGAGGAGUUGGAGAUGAUUAUUUUUAUUAACGUUUAUCAUUAAAGAGUUUAUUGUGCUU